UCUGUUUCUUUCCUUGAUAUUAGCCGUGUUCAUCAUAAACAUCUUGUUUCUCUUGUUGGAUACUGCAGCACCGGGUUUCAGAGGCUACUUGUUUAUGAGUUUGUUCCCAACAAUACAUUGGAAUUUCAUUUACAUGGAAAUGGACGACCAACGAUGGAUUGGCCAACAAGAUUGCGAAUUGCUUUAGGAUCUGCAAAAGGACUUGCUUAUCUUCAUGAAGAUUGUCAUCCUAAGAUCAUUCAUCGUGAUAUUAAAGCUGCUAACAUCCUUCUCGAUUUUAAGUUUGAAGCAAAGGUUGCUGAUUUUGGUCUUGCAAAGAUUGCUUCCGAUCUCAACACUCAUGUUUCUACUCGAGUGAUGGGGACUUUUGGGUAUCUGGCUCCAGAAUAUGCAGCAAGUGGAAAACUUACAGACAAAUCAGAUGUUUUCUCUUAUGGAGUCAUGCUCCUUGAGCUAUUAACUGGACGUCGACCGGUUGAUAAAAAUCAGACUUACAUGGAUGAUAGUUUGGUGGAAUGGGUAAGUGUCAUGUUACCAUCCUCCUCUUUUCUUGAGGGCUAAAUAUAAUUUGCAACUGAAAAUUCAGUCAUUUAUAAUAUAUUAUGAAAUAAAG